UCAGCAACAGGUAUUUGGCAACUCACUCCCAUAUUUUGGUCUCUUUUCGGAGAUUUUUUAUGAAUAGUAUGGACUGAAUACAUCAUCACAACUAUUUUGGAGACAACAUGGAUUUCAGAGAUGUUUUUGUGGAUGAGACGGGCUAUGCAGAGUUGAAGAAGCAUAUGAGACAAGUAACAGAAUUUACAAACUCCACCGUCUCCAUCUUACAAGAAAGGGCUGAUAUUGAAACGACUUACGCCAAGAGUUUAGCCAAGUUGAGUUCCAAAGCACAAAAAUGUAAUAAAGACGCCACAGGAUCUCUUAUGGCAUCAUGGAAUGUACUAUGCCAGCAUUUUAGAGAAGAGUCAGAGAAUCACAAAGUUGCUGCCGACUCAUUGCAUGAAGACGUUCAUAAAAGACUCAAGGUGUACUGUGAAACGCAUGUAAAAAGCCGCAAAUCUGCUGAAUCCAUCGUUGAUAAAUCGUGUAAAGCAUGGCAUGACAAACGUAGUGAAUUGCUCAAGGCAAAGAAAGCCACAUACACAAAGGCUAAAGAGAAUGAGGGAGUUCAGGCUGUCUUAGAUGAUCCCUACGCUAAGGGGAAGGUGCUCUCAGAUAAAGAGUUGGGCAAGCUUCACUCCAAGAGUAAGAAGUUAGAUGAAGCAGCGUCGAGAGCAGACACGGAAUACCUACAACUCAUCAAGGCAACGGAGAGAGCUCGUCAUGAAUUUGAAGUUGCCUUACGUCAGGCCGCAACAGCUCUGGAGAAAUUAGAAACGGAAAGGAUUCGGGAGCAAAAGAUAGUGUUGGAGUCUUAUGUGGGUUGCUUCUCAACGAUGCAGCCCAAGACACAGAAGACUGUUGACAACAUGAGCCAGGCAAUCCAAUGUAUUGUUCCAGAAAAUGACGUCAUGGUCAUAGCACAACACAAAGGUCGCCAGCGUGAACAUGUGGAACAAGUCUUAUAUGAUCCCUAUGAGGAGGAUUUGUCCCAUAAUAUGACGUUAAACAGAAGGAGGCAAUCGCUACAGAGCAAGCUAAAAACCAUAGAUGUAGAGUUAGAGAAAGAGAAAAAAGCUAAAGAUGGAAUUGCUCGACUAUCAGGAGCAUACGCUGGGAAUGCAAGCUAUGCCGAUACCAGUACGCAGGACGUAGUAGUUCAACAACUCACACAUUCGGAGGAGAUGCUGAACAUGUUACGAGCUUGUAAGUUUAAGAUAACCGCUGCCUUAGCAUUGGUGGAUAAGAAGCCCAAACCCCAAGAUGACAUCAGCCCUUACAUCAAGACAGAGAAAGAUAAACAGCAAGGUGUCCAUGUGAGUGUCUUAAAGAUGCCUCGUGCUCCCCCAUCCUCAGGAGUGACCGAAGUGGAUAGCAGAGGGAUGGGUGAUGGAGCAAAUCAUCUGCAAGCAAUUACUGAUGAAGACGAAGGAAACAAUAAUGAAUGGAAUGAGGCUGAAAUGGCAGAGAGAGUAAUCUGUCAAUGUGUGGUCAAGUUUAACUACGAAGCUCAAGAGGACGGGGAAAUAUCAGUCCAAGAAGGUCAGAUAAUCAAUGUAGUGGAGAAACACGACGAUGGAUGGUGGUAUGGGGAGUGUAAUGGACAACGUGGAAACUUCCCUGGUUCCUAUGUAGAUCUACUCUGAAACAACAGUGUAAGAUUACCUUAUUUGAAUACCGACUACCAGUGAUCGGGAAACUUCCCCGGUUCCUUUGUAGAUCUACUCUGAAACAACAGUGUAAGAUUACCUUAUUUGAAUACCGACUACCAGUGAUUGGUAAGCUUCUUGACUGGGAAGGAAACUUCCCCGGUUACUAUGUCGACCUACUCUGAAACAACAGUGUAAGAUAACCUUAUUUGAACACCGACUACCAGUGAUCGGGAAACUUCCCCGGUUCCUUUGUAGAUCUACUCUGAAACAACAAUGCAAGAUCACCUCAUUUGAAUACAGAGUACCAGUGAAGGAAGGUAAGCUUCUUGAAUGGGCAGGAAACUUCCCUGGUUCCUAUGUAGAUCUAAAUUAGAUACUAACAGUGUAAGAUGACCUCAUUUGAAUACGGAGUACCAGUGAUUGUUAAGCUACUUGAAUGUGCUGGGUACCAUUGUAUAAUUUCUUGGAACCAGUGAACAUUGAAAUUUAGGGAAGCGAGCAUAUAGCAUUCAAAAUGUUAUCAGUGAUUGACAGGGUACCAGUUGAAGGUGCCGUCUUUGAGACAGGAAGCCAGUAAUUUCUAGAAAAUGUCUGCGUUUACUUGUCGCUCCGGUGGAGCUUAAUAGAAUAACCUAUGUAUUCAAGGGACCAACUAAUGGCAAGUUCUUUGGGAACCAGUGAACCAGUACUAACCUAAAAAGAGAGUAUUCCUUGGUAUUUGCUCAAAAAAUUAAUGACCAAAAAAAUCUGACUUGGCAAGAAUCACUGCAGCUGUUGAUAAUGUAUAUCAUAACAUUUUGAGAAAGAAUUCCCUUCUAAGGAAUGUGGUUUUAGAGAGAGGGAUUUAAAAACAUUUCAGUCUGAGAAAUAUUAUUGAUAGAAAAGUUUCUCAGAUUUUGUAUUCCAAUUACAAAUUAUUCUUCCUGCGUUGGAUAUGACUGCUUUUAGAUUUAUUUGUGCUAUCUUGCUUCCACCUUUUGAAAUGAAAUUUUCACAUGUUUGUUUUAUUGUAUAUAAUCUCCGUUUAUAUAGGAGUUAAACAAUCAAACCGUUUCCAAAAACCCAAGGUUUAUUUUGCCGUUAGUAUUUCAAUCGUGUGAACUACUGUGAAAUUCAAAGGGAACUGGCGAACGGAAAGUAUUUGUUUUUAAGAAUUUGUAUGUUCUUACCUACCGGUUAACAUUCAAGGUUUUGGGGACAGGGACAAUUUUAUCACUUUUAAAGUGUACUCGGAUCAUGAAUGAAAUGACUGGGGUUUUCAUUAAUUUUUUCCUUUCCAGCAUCUUGCCUAUAAAUAGCAGAUCUUUAAGGAGCUGACGUACUGAAUUCUUGGGUAUUUUUCUUUCUUCUUUAAACCGUUUUGAUUGCAGUGUAGAAAAGUGUAUUUACACCAUUUUUGUCCUACCAAGUUUCUUGGCAUGAAAUUGUUUUACUAGUGUCUUGACGGGCAAGUUUUCAUGACUUGGUCUUCAUUAUAUCUUAGAUAUAGGUCUUCCAUUUUUCCUGAGUAAAGGGCGCUGCUUUAAAAGAUGUAGAAUAGAAAAGUUCUCCUGAAGAUGAUUUUGUAAAAUGCGCUUUAUAAGUCUCGUUUAUUAUUAUUAUUAGAGCAAACUGAUCGAAACAUUGAGUUGUUAACCACCGGUUCUUUUUAGAACCAACACUAUACCCAAAAGAGAUUUAUACAUGGUGCUAUUGCAAACCUCACCUAGUUAUUCUUCCACCGUGCAAGCAAAAGUUUCAAAUCCAACUUAAAAUGGAAAUGGUGGGUGUUUAUUAUUAUUUAGUAAUUUUUAUUUUUAUUUUUUAUUAUUAUUAUUUUUUUUUGGGGGGGGGGCUACUUGAUGUAUUAAACUAUCCAUUUAUGCACUUUUCCUCGCUUCUGACAACUUUGCAUAACCAUUUUCAUCAAAAACUGCUUUUUCAUGGUUCAAAAGCUGAACACUAAUCCACCAAAUGUUCAAUGAUGGUACUUCAAGACAAGAGUUAGUUUUUUUGAACAACUACUGGAUAUUGUUAUACAUAGUAUAACUAGUACUAUAACAAUUAUCACACAAGUAUUAUACUUUGGGGCAUUACAUUUUAGGUGUAUAAACUUAUUUUUAAUCAGUACUAAGUGAAGUUGUGAAGAACAAAAACCGUUUGACGCCAGCCUUGUCUUGUUUCCUGUAUUCUAUUUAUAUUAUAAUAACUGAUUAUACAAACAGGUACUAGACUAUUUAAAGACACUGGACACUACGGUAAUUGUCAAAGACUAGUCUUCACAGUUGGUGUAUCUCAACAUG